CUUUUCUUUCCUCUAACCUUCCCGUACGUUAAAAACAAUUAGUAACCAUUUUCUUAAAGCAGCCAAACCAUGGGAUUCGAGUCAUCAAGGCUACCAUUGUUUUCAUCUCCACAUGCACACAUGGAGGUGUCACCGGAAAGACCAGGGACGUUAACCCCACCGUUACGCGCCUCCGCAUCGGUCCCGUUCGGGUGGGAGGAGGAACCGGGAAAACCCAAGCCUUGUACCACGGUCACCCCAUUCUCCGACGACUUUGCUGGGAAGUGCCUGGAGCUUCCCCCCAGGUUGCUGCUAUUGCAGGAAGCCAACAAGAACAACAAACUUAACUCGCCCACCGCCGUAUUGGACGUUCCUUACGUGGGUAGGGGUAGGCUUCUGUCUUCUUCUUUUAGGAUGGUGAAAAGUGAGCGUUACGGCGGUUCGUUUCGUGCCGGUAGCUUUAGCCCUGAGAACGCGGAUGAUGAUGAUGACGGUGGUGCGAUGGUUCUUAGCAAGAGAAGGAACAACGGGUUUCUUGGUUCUCGGAGGAGAAGCGAUGUUGGGGGUAAGAAUUAUGUGUUCCCUUCUCAUGGAGAAAAAGGAGAAGAAUACAGUGACUUUAGUAUCACCAGGAUGAGAAAGAAGGGCAGCUUCAAUAAUCUCCCUCCGUCCAAAUCCCAUUUCUGGGCAAGCAUCUAUGAAGGCUUAAAGCAAGUGGUUCCAUGGAGCAAGAGGGAAAAGAAGGAUAGGUAUACUGGGGCUGACUUCUGAAAUUUCCAAUCCAUUUAAAGCCGAUUUGAUAUACUUUUACUGUGAAUGAAAAUGACCAAUCAAAUGUAAUUUAGAGCCAAGUAUUGCUGCAAUUAUGAAUUGUGCAUGUAAAAACAUUUCAAUAUGAGAAAGAUUCAAGACUGUUGUCUUGUAUGUAUUAGUAGCAAUAAAUGUCGAGACAGGCCAAUCAUAUCAUGGACAGUGGGAGGUUUGUAAGUUUGUAAUCCC